AUGGCGCUCUCCGUGGCUCUGAUAAUGCCUGCCGAUGCAGCGACAGCGUCAGCUCUGGCCGACUGGACAGAGUACAGAGUGAAGCUGCGACAACCCACCACGCAAGGCCGUCUCAAGAAUACGUCUGAUACUGUACCUGCUGUGGUGCCGGCUGCCCGUGGUGUGGAUGGCGCGGCCGAGCCGCGCGCCUCGUCCGGUGCUGACGUCUGCGUUCUCAGCGCUUCGCACAUCAGCUGUUCUCCGCCGCUGGUGUUUAUAAAGCCGAGAGCUCAACCGGCUCCCCAUACAGAUUCAGAGGCCAGCAGCCGGAAAUGCGUGCCGGAGCUUACCUGCUUCUCGUCCUAUGCUCCGCCGCCUGCAUCCGGGCGGCAGACUGGCCUCUGGAAAGAGGUGGAGCCAGAGUUGCUUGAGAAGUACGGCUACCCGUGUCAAGAACACAUCGUGGAGACUGAAGACGGCUACAUUCUGCGGAUGUUCAGGAUCCCCUACGGCAAGGCCUCACCUCUCGUCCCAGGGGAACGUAAGCCCGCUGUGCUGGUGCAGCACGGCCUCAUGAACAGCGCCGAUGACUGGGUCAUCAUGGGGCCCAACGCCUCUCUGGCAUACAUUCUGGCUGACAAAGGGUACGACGUGUGGCUCGGCAACAUCCGUGGUAACUGGUACUCACAGAGGCAUCGUACCCUUUCUCCAGAAGAGGACAAAUAUUGGCGUUUCAGCUGGCACGAACAUGGCAUUUAUGACAUGCCAGCACAAAUAGAUUAUGUCUUAAACGCGACUGGCCACAAGCAGAUCUACUACAUAGGACAUUCCAUGGGGACGACAAUGUUCUACGUCGGAAUGUCAAUGAAGCCUGAGUACAACGAAAAGAUUCGUGCCAUGUUCAGCUUGGCGCCAAUUGCUUACAUGAACCAUAUGAUCAGUCCACUGUUCCAACUUUUGGCAAAAUUUACAACAUCCGCUCAGGUGCUGCUGUAUCUAAUUGGAGCUAGCAAAUUUACUCCCAGCCAGGAAUUGAUAAGGCUAAUACAACCAAAGAUCUGCAAUGACAAGUCCGUUACUGAACCAAUAUGUACCAAUGUCGUAUUUAUGAUCUGUGGUUUUGAUAAGGAACAGGUCGUGGAGGAAAAGCUAGCAGCAAUUUCGGCACAUAUCCCUGCUGGAUCCUCCACCAGACAGUUCGUACAUUACGCGCAAGGCAUAGACAAAGGCCAUUUCAGGCAGUUCGACCAUGGUAUUGUGGAAAACAUAAAACGUUACAAGCAGCCUACACCGCCUGAUUACAAGCUUAUCAACGUCAAGGCUCCGGUUUAUCUGUUCUACAGUCUAAACGACUGGCUGGCAGGACCUCAGGACAUUGAUCGUUUGUACACUCAGCUAGGAAAUGCAAAGAGGAAGUUUAAGGUUGCGUACGAGAAAUUUAACCAUCUCGAUUUCACGUACGGAAAAGAUGCGUAUGAUUUAGUGUACAAACAGGUGUUGGACUUGAUGCACAAGUAUGAACAAGGAGACUUGUAAACAGACGACCAUUGCAGGACAAAUGGCAACUUCAUUGAG